GAUUGCAAUAUGUUUGUUUCAAGUUAAAAAUUAGAAACAGAUGCAUACAGUUACUUAAAUUGUUCAUCUCCUCCAUCUUAUGGUAUUCCUUUGAAGAGGCUCCUUCACUUCUUCUUUUUUACACAGGUAGUGAAUUUGACUAGUGUGUAAUGAAGGAAAAAGAGAAAAGCUUAACAAAAUAAAAAAGAAAGAAAUAUUACCACACUCAGCAAUGAGGUGUCUCAAGUUUCUGGUUGCUGCCACAAGUAAAAGAGUUGUUGUAAAACCUCGUGUUCAGUGGCUAAUAUUAACACAAGAAAUGGACCAGGUGACAAGGAUAUAACAGAGUGUCCAAAGUUGAACCCUAAAUCUCCUGUUCCAUUUGUUUAUGUGUUGCUUGAGAGUGGAGAGAGAGAAAGAGAGAGAGAGAGCCUACAUGAGUCAUUGUGUAGUUCCAAAAUGGAAUCUGAGCCACGAAAGACAAGUGCAAGUCGAAGAAGAGGAAGAAAAGAGAUCUUUUCACGUGCCUGCUGAGAAGAAUCAACACAGUACCACCACUAAACCUCUUGUCCCAUUCUACCAGCAAAUGGCAAAGCAAGGAAUUACAGAACUAACCUGGCAAAAUGGGCAACUCGCUCUGCAUGGGAUUGAUGGGCUACAGCCAACAAUCCCACCAAAGCCCACAUGGAACCGAGCCAAUGACACGUUGGAGUCCGUAGUCAAUCAAGCUAAACUCCAAACUCAAGGCCCAAACUUGAUCCAGCAAGGCGAGCCAGUGGUUCAUACUGGCCGCACCCUCGCACCCUCUGGCGCGAAUGGGAAAUGGGUUGAGAGGGGGAACAACCAAGAACCGACGGCGAGAAAAAGAACACGAUCAACUUCCGAUUAUGGUGGGAAAAAUGUCAGCACAAGCAACAACAAUAACAACAACAACAGCAAUACUAUGCAAGUCGACCACGGUGAUCACAGUGUGUGUGGAAGUGCGAGUGCAGCGUUUUGUAGGGAUAAUGAGACUACUUUGAUGACAUGGGCUUCCUUCGAUUCCCCCCGAAGCUUGAAAACUAAAUCCAUCGAUGAAGAUUCUGCUUGUCAUGUUGAAUCGGAAAAUCAAGAGGAAGAACAAGAUACAAAGCGUGUAGCGAAUCGUUCUCAUUCAGCUAGACGAAGUCGAGCUGCUGCUAUACAUAAUCAAUCAGAACGGAGGAGGAGAGACAGAAUUAAUGAGAAGAUGAAAGCCCUGCAGAAGUUGGUGCCAAAUGCAAGCAAGACUGAUAAAGCUUCAAUGUUGGAUGAGGUAAUUGAAUACUUAAAGCAGCUUCAAGCACAAGUUCAGUUCAUGAGUGUGAGGAGUAUGCAACAGAUGAUAAUGCCUAUAGGAAUGCAGCAACAACUUCAAAUGUCGCUCCUAGCUCGUAUGGGCAUGGGGGUUGGUCUAGGCAUGGGAAUGGGGAUGCUUGACAUGAGUGGUAUGGCACGUUCAGCCCAGCAAACACUUCCUCCACUCAUCCAUCCUACAUCCGUUCCCACUACACCUCCUGCAUUUGUUCCGCCACACUUCUUGUUACCCCCUUCAAUUCCAAGGCAGGAUCCAACACAAGCCAAGCCUGCCACCAAUGGCUCUGUUGAUCCAUUUUGUGCCUUUCUAGCACAAACCAUGAAUAUGGAUAUUUACAACAAAAUGGCAGCUUUCUAUCGCCAACAAGUUAAUCAGACAACAAAUGCAAUGAGCAGCCCAACACAAUCAAACAAUAUGCAAGGAAGUUAAUGCUUUUGCUAAAGGAACUCAAAGAUUGGAUAAGAACAGGAGCACUCGCACUCAACUUUAUUUGUUGAUAAGUUCUAUGUUUAGUUGACAAGGACUGAACUUUGAAAAUAUCUGUAUUUCAUGAUUUAUUACGAGGAAUUAUUGGUAUUGGAUUAUGUAAAAACAUGAUCUUGCAUUAUUAAAUAUUAAAUUUCUCAUGGUGUAUUCAUGUUUGAAAUGAAAAGAGAAGUGAUGCCAAGAUUUUUCUA